CAUGCUUUCCCAUGGGUCAACCCUUCGACACUAGUUUACAACUUCGACUCAGGAACUCAGGAGAAUCACGCCGGAGAUGCUGCUUUCCCACUCAGUCAUCCAGUCACUCAGUCACCCAGGAGACCUGACAGAAAACGCUCAGGGAUCGACAACCCACCGCGCAUUGUUGAGGUCAAUCGUUGCUGCAUUGUGCAAGAGUAUCGACUGGAGUCCCGAGGAUCCUUAUAACAGACUUCGAUAGACAUCGUCAGCUCUGCAUGUCACCAUUUCCCCAAGGUCUAUCUAUCUACUCCGUAUCUAUGGCAGCCUUUGGAAGGCAGCAAGACGACCGAUGAGGCGCAUGACGGACCCCGAUAGUGGCGACCUGCAGACACUAAAAACCCGGUCGUGGCUGGAUGAUGAACAAGACAAAAUCUCCGAGGGUACGGAGCUGAUAGAUGGAAUGGACAUAUCCAGGCUAUGGGAAGAGAACCACGGACAUCCCUACGUCCUUAGCAAGGCAAUUGAUAGUCUGAUAUCAACUGAUCCCUGCCUGCCUUCCUGCCUGCCUGCCUACCGGCUUACUUGGUUGGUUCUCUUCAGGUUUUCAAGUCUCUAGGGAUGGGUUGAACUGGGAUGAUGAAGAUAAUGUCGUCCUUACCUCGCAUAUGUCCGUCCGUCUCCCGUUUGCCGAGGACCCCAGGAAAGUGCCAGUGCCGGACUAUACCGAUGCAUAUUGCAUAAUGAGUCUAUAGGGUUCGUGCGAUUUCACCUUAAUUAAGACCGACGGACGACCUUUGCUCAGG